AUGUAUUCCUGGAAGUCAAAAUUCAAAUUUGGAAAAUCAAAAGAAGAAAAAGAAGCCAAACAUAGUGGAUUUUUUCAUUCUUCUAAAAAAGAAGAGUCACAGAAUAGUCAAGAAACCGCGGGUGACCAUGAUGCUUCAGUAACUCGUUCGUCUUUGGACAGAAAGGGAACAAUAAAUCCAUCAAAUUCAUCAGUGGUUCCAGUACGUGUUUCAUAUGAUGCAUCUUCGUCGACCUCUACUGUACGAGAUUCGAACGGCGGAAACUUAGAGAACAUCAAUUCACCUCAAAAUUUGGAUGACACAGCGAAUAUCGGCUCUACAGGAACACCUAACGAUGCCACAUCAAGUUCAGGAAUGAUGACUAUUAAAGUAUACAAUGGUGAUGGUUUCAUUUUACCUUUUCCUAUAACUUCAAGUGAGCAAAUAUUGAAUAAGCUAUUAGCCUCCGGUGUUCCUCCGCCACAUAAGGAAAUUGCCAAAGAAGUAGAUGCGCUUAUUGCACAGCUGUCUCGCGUUCAACUGAAGAACCAAGGUCCAGCAGAUGAGGAUUUGAUCUCUAGUGAAUCAGCAGCAAAGUUUAUUCCGUCCACUAUCAUGUUGCCAGGCUCCUCGACCUUAAAUCCAUUACUUUACUUCACUAUCGAAUUUGAUAAUACUGUUGCCACUAUUGAAGCAGAAUAUGGAACAAUUGCUAACCCUGGUUUCAAUAAGAUAUCUACAUUUGAUGUAACAAGAAAAUUACCAUACCUAAAGAUUGAUGUAUUUGCCAGGAUUCCCUCCAUCCUUUUGCCAUCAAAGUCAUGGCAGCAGGAAAUGGGUGUACAGGACGAGAAGCUGCAAGCCAUCUUCGAUAAAAUAAAUUCUAACCAAGAUAUACAUUUAGAUUCCUUCCAUUUGCCUAUUAACCUAAGUUUUGACUCCGCGGCCAGUAUUAGAUUAUAUAACCACCACUGGAUUACCUUAGAUAAUGGCUUAGGAAAGAUCAACAUCAGCAUUGACUACAAACCCUCUAGAAACAAGCCCUUGUCAAUAGAUGAUUUUGACCUUUUGAAGGUUAUUGGUAAGGGUUCGUUUGGCAAGGUAAUGCAGGUCAGAAAGAAAGAUACACAGAAAGUUUACGCCUUGAAGGCAAUUAGAAAAUCAUAUAUUGUGUCCAAAUCUGAAGUUACGCAUACUUUAGCCGAAAGGACAGUUUUAGCUCGCGUUGAUUGUCCAUUCAUCGUACCCUUGAAAUUUUCCUUUCAAUCACCAGAAAAAUUGUAUUUUGUGUUGGCGUUUAUCAAUGGUGGUGAGCUGUUCUAUCACCUACAAAAGGAAGGAAGAUUCGAUUUGUCUCGUGCCAGAUUUUAUACAGCUGAACUGUUAUGUGCGUUAGACAACUUGCACAAAUUGGAUGUCAUUUAUCGUGAUUUGAAGCCAGAGAAUAUUCUAUUAGAUUACCAAGGGCAUAUUGCACUUUGUGAUUUCGGGCUGUGUAAACUGAAUAUGAAGGACGAUGACAAGACGGACACAUUCUGUGGCACCCCAGAAUAUCUGGCACCAGAACUAUUAUUAGGUUUAGGUUAUUCAAAGGCAGUAGAUUGGUGGACGCUGGGUGUCUUGUUAUAUGAGAUGUUGACGGGCCUCCCUCCAUACUAUGACGAGGAUGUUCCGAAAAUGUAUAAGAAAAUUUUGCAAGAGCCACUAGUAUUCCCAGACGGAUUCGAUAGAGAUGCGAAGGAUUUAUUGAUCGGUCUAUUAAGUCGUGACCCGACGAGAAGGUUGGGCUACAAUGGCGCCGAUGAAAUUAGAAAUCAUCCUUUUUUCAGUCAAUUGUCGUGGAAGCGUUUGCUGAUGAAGGGUUAUAUUCCCCCAUACAAGCCUGCCGUUAGUAAUUCUAUGGAUACUAGCAAUUUUGAUGAGGAAUUUACUAGGGAGAAGCCAAUCGAUAGUGUGGUCGAUGAAUAUUUAAGUGAAAGCGUUCAAAAGCAAUUCGGUGGCUGGACAUAUGUUGGAAAUGAACAGCUCGGUAGCUCAAUGGUACAAGGCAGAAGCAUUAGAUAG